AUGACCGAACUUGAAGCAGUAAGCGCUCACGGCGGCAAGGCACAGGUGGGGAACGUUCAGUACAGUGGCACAGAGCAGGAUGCCUCCACCGGGCGAGACGCUGCUCGAAGUGCUAGUCAGCCUGACCUGCUAGGCGCGAUGCAGGCUCCACUGUCUCAUCCUGAUCACGAGGUCGAACAGGUACAGGCCAUCUCGGAAAGAGCACCCACAACGGUGUCAGCACCAGCCUCACCCACUGAGCCCGCAUCGACUCCCAAACUGCGAGAGUCUGAGCUGCCAUCCGAUACGGGCGCUGCUUAUGCUCUCAUAGGGCUUGGAAUACCCACCAGUGCAAGACCGAACGAAUCUCCGCCUGCGGUCAAGAGAGCUGCAACUUCUCCUGCCGUGCCUCAGAGUCGAGCAGAGCAGAACAAGAAAUUGAGUGCUGGCCUAGCUCCCCAGUCUCAGCACGAGACUGGCAGAAUGGGAGAGCUCAAACGCUUCACCUUGUGGGAGACCAGAACUGUGAGUGAAAGUCUGUACUUUACCCCAAAUUAGCAUGCAGAAGGCUUUGCUAACAUCGAGCCCCCCCGUGUGUGCCUGGGUAAUGUACGGCAGCGAUUUUACCUGGUCGCGUUCAAUACUUCUCAGACACGCUUUCGCAUACUCAAGAUCGAUCGGACGGCUCCCUCUUCGAAGAAUAGAGAGCGAAGCGCUGCAUCAGACGACCCUGCGUCAGCCUCCAAAGAAGGAGGCAGCGGGAUGCCAAGCAGCUCUUCUCAACCUCAGGUGCAGCAAGAUCAGUCGCAGAACCCCGGUGUCUCUGCUCCUCCUCCUGAUCAAAGAUGGGAGCUCAACAUCACGUCUGACCGAGUCGUGUACUCGCGGCAGCAAGUGACGGAAUUGUUGGAUAUGAUCAAUGAGGGCAACCGCUCUUCUGGCGGUCUGAAGGAGGUGGGAAGGUUCUAUGGGAUUGUGGGUUUCAUACGUUUCACGAUGGGUUAUCACAUGGUGCUCAUCUCGGCUCGGUCCGUAGUGGCGCUCAUUGGGGGUCACUACGUCUAUCAUGUAGAUGACUACAAGAUGAUCUCCGUCUGCCAUGCAAGUGUUCUUGCUAAUCUGCCUGGGAGGUCCAAGGCGAAAGAUGCGGAAGAAGCCCGUCUGAUCCACACUUUCAAGCAAGUCGACCUCACCAAGAACUUUUACUUUUCCUACACCUACGAUCUAACGAAGACUUUGCAGGAUAACUUGACGGGGAUCAGAGACGUCAAGGCGGAGGUGGGCGGAGCCGGACUCCCUUCGACAACUGCGUGGGGUCACAAUGAAAAGUUCGUCUGGAAUCAUCAUUUGCUCUUGCCCGCUUUUGGAAGGUCCAUUCACCUCCCAUCUCGCAGUGCGGGACCGAGUGCGCAAAUACCGCGCGCGGAGGAGGAUGCGGAUGCGGCAGCUGCUGAAUGGGUCUUGCCUUUGGUGUAUGGCUUUGUUGAACAGGCCAAGUUGGGCGUCAUCAACCGAACCAUACACAUCACACUUCUUGCCCGCAGGUCAAGGCACUUUGCUGGAGCUAGAUUCCUCAAGAGGGGUACCGACGAGCAUGGACACGUUGCAAAUGAUGUCGAGACCGAGCAAAUUGUCGCGGAAGGCCUCACUACGCCAUUCUACGCUCCCAAAGCUUCGGACGCCAAUCACAGCAAGGGGACGUGGGGUGCAAAUCCGAGAUUCACCUCCUACGUCAUGCAUCGAGGCAGCAUUCCCAUCUAUUGGACGCAAGAUUCGACGAACAUGUCUCCUAGACCUCCAAUCGAGAUCUCGGUCGUAGACCCAUAUUUCAGCUCUGCAGCGCUGCACUUUGACGACAUGCUGCGCCGGUACGGGUUUCCGCUCAUCGUACUCAACCUAAUCAAGUCCAAAGAGAAACAGCCACGAGAAAUGAAGCUGCUGCAAGCUUUCAGCGAAUGUGUCUCGUACCUGAACCAAUUCUUGCCAGAUGAUAAGCAGAUCAAGUACAUCGCAUGGGACAUGAGCCGCGCGAGCAAGAGCCAGGAUCAAGAUGUCAUUGGGGUGCUCGAGGACAUCGCGGAGGACACUGUUGAAAGCACAAGAUUCUUCCACUCUGGACCGGAGCCUUAUGCUUUUGAAGUUGGAGCAGGAAGAGGGCUCGACUCUGCCGGACCCAGGAGAGAAAGUCUGUUGCUGCAGCAUGGAGUAGCGAGAGUGAACUGCGUUGACUGUCUCGAUCGCACGAAUGCAGCGCAGUUCGUCAUUGGCAAAGCGGCGCUCGGUCACCAGCUCCAUGCACUUGGCUUACUGGACCACCCAAGUCUACCUUUCGACAGCGAUGCGGUGGACAUGCUGACGGAGAUGUAUCACGACUUGGGUGAUACAAUCGCCCUUCAAUAUGGAGGCAGUCACCUGGUCAACACCAUGGAGACGUAUCGAAAACUUAACCAAUGGACUUCACACUCGCGAGAUAUGCUCGAGGGACUCAAACGAUACUAUGCCAACUCUUUUGCUGACGCGGAUAAGCAAGCUGCAAUCAACCUUUUCUUGGGCGUGGAACCUGAGCACGAGGAGACCAGCAGGGUUGCUAAGGCCGCUUCGUCGAUACCUCAAUCGUUAUCUCGACGCCCUCCGAGACGAUCGUACCAGCAAUGGUACACUUCCCAGAACCUCAAACCAAGAGCGUCACUCGCACAGUACGAAAGACGGCUUGCUGAGGUGGCCACUUCGGACCUUGGCUUCUGGGCAGAGUACUAUAGACCCAGCCUUUUCACCGAUCUACUGCGGCACUACGCAUUCAAGAUGACUGCCGUGAAUCAAAGCCUCGUAUCAGGUUCAAACAUCCCUUCGACGGCAGCGUACGUUCAGGCUUCUAGGUUUGCUCAGGGUGCGUCGGGACACGGACGAAAGAGUUCCACAAACUCGACGAGCAACAGGAGCGUCAGCCUUGGUUCGCUCGCGGACACUCAGUCUGCGCUUCGGUCUGCUGUUCCUUUGAUGGAAAACGAUUCCUCUUUCACGUUGAUCAGCCCGUUCACUGCUCGCAUCGGUUCAGGCACCACUGUUCCUGCUUCGCCUGCGCGGACCGACCGCGCAAGUCAGCUCUCGACGUCUGGGAUAGCAGCAGAUUCGCAGCCGCGGGCCCUCAUGGGUGGGGUGAGACGAUGGAUGAGUCUGAAUAGAGGUGACCAUGCGAGCUCCAGCACCUCUCAAAAGGCCUCGAGAAUGAAAGGGCGACGAUCAGGUGCUCGAGGAGCUGGUGGCACUGGCUGGGGGCACGCCUCGACGAGCGAGUCCAAGGAAGCUCUUACGAUCUCGGAGAAAGAUGCUUGGCCAAUCUGGGGAGAUCCACAAUCUCAGGCCGUCCUCGGCGCCACACCAUCAGCUACGGCACUUCGAACCCUCGUUUCGGCUCUGAUCGCACCCGAGGUACCGGCAGACGAGGCGAACGAGUACGCGAAUUGGCUAGAGCAAUAUCGCGAGCUUUGUGAUCUUGCUGCCAGUCCUUCGACUCGCAUCGCCGACGAAGACGCAGAAAUCUAUGUGGCUCAAGCGCAAUUGGCCAACGGCGAUACUGAAGCCGUCGCGCGCUUCUCGAGCAUCAGGACGUGCAGUGAAGCAGCAAAUGGGCACGCGUCCAACGCGCUCGGAUAUCACGCCUCCGACGAGGAGCUCUUGCAGAGCGUGGAGCCUGCCCUAGCCGCUUAUGCUACUACCGCCUCCAUGUUGAAAAGCGGAGCUGCCUCCCUUCCUGCUAGCGAGAACAAGCUCCGCGCAUACAAGCGCUGGCUUGCCGGCUUCUAA